AUGUCAAACUGCCCGAGUCCGUCAACCAAUGAAUUGUUCGAUGCGCCAAGUGUUUCAGAUUCCGGAAUUUGGGUGGAAUGCGAAAUUGGUGAUUUGCAAAAACAUCACAUGAUUAUGAUGUUAGGAAAUGAUGAGACUCCUGGACAACCUGUUAAUGGAUAUCGUGUGGUCAGUGACUUUAUGACAUUUUUCCCUCUAUUUUCAAAUUUAGGCGCGAAAUCCUGCCAACUUUGACUCCAUGCCGGACUUAUGUUUAACUGAUGGAAAAAGUUUAAUCACUACAAAAUAUGUGUUUUGUCGAUUUUGCUAUAAAAUUUAUUCGAAAAAUGGAGGACAAGCAUCGUGAGUUAUAUUCCAGUUUUUCGUUACAAUUAGAUUAUUUUUUGUUUUCAGAGUUCACAGAAGAGAGUGUGAAAUAAAAGAAAUGGAUAAGAAGAAAAAUAAUACUGAUUCGAUGGGCGAAACUUUGAUUGGUGAAUGUUCGAAAGGAAAAUUAGAAAAAUCUACCAUUCAGCAUAUUAUAACAAAAUAUAUUUUGAAAAGUGGAGUUGCGCUCAAUGUUGUGGAAAAUGAUGCAUUCCAAGAUUUAGUGUUUGAUUUGUUAAAUAUCAAUUAUAAUUUAUCGGAAGACUGCUUCGAGAAGAUAAUGCCUAAACGAAAGUCAAUUCGAGAUCUUGUGGAGAAGGAGGCGACUGCGGCUAUAAAGGCAGUUAGAGAUGUUUUGAAGCCUGAGAUCCUGUCAAAGAUGGCGUCAUUUUCUUGUGAUUUCGGUAGAAAUCACACAGAUUUUUUCUGUUUGAAGUCUAGCUUCGUGCAAAUUGUGACCGAUCAAAACACAAAUAGAAAGAGUUGGGAAAUGAAAAUUUAUCCCAUGUGUAUGCAAGUGGUGAAUGAGUCGUCAAAAACAUCUGUUUUUGUAAGUAUACUUUUCACUUUUUAAACAUUGCAUGAACAUUUUCCAGGUAGCAAAACUUAUUCAAGAACAGUUGAAGAACAUGGAAAUCACAAAUGUGAAUUUGAAUGAUUAUUUUUUGAUAGCUGAUGCAGCUGCUUAUAAUCGGAAGGCUGGAGAAGAUCAUUUUAUCACAUGUAAGAGAAAACCAUUGAAAAAAAAUUUCAACUCUUGUUUUCAGUCAUACGCUGUGCCGCACAUAUGAUGAAUAUAAUUGCAGAUCGUACAACAGUUCCAUAUUCAAAAUCAAAACUUAGCAGUGAGGAUAAAAGUAAAUUAUGUGAUGUUCGAUCAACAUUGAAAGAUUGUAAUGAAUUGAUGAAGAAUAUCAAGAAAAAGUUUUAUGUAAGUUCUUGAUUGCAGUUGUUUAAAGAAGAAAAAACGAGUACAGAUCCGCUCCCAACUUCCAAAGCAAGUUCAAACACAUGUCGAAACACGUUUUCUAUCUUAUAAAAAAGUUGUUGAUAGUGUAAUUGAAAAUGCAGAUGUUUUGUUGAAAUUCAAAUAUAUGAUGGAACCCGAUUUGGCGGAUGAUGUAACUAAAGUUUCGCAAAAUAUGAAAACUUUACGGUCAAUAACUAGCACAUUGAAAAUUUUCGACGAACUUUGUGUAUUUUUCCAAGUAAGACCUCAAAAAUAUCUAAAUAUUGAUUAUUUAUGCAUUUUUCAGAGCGAUUCAAUACAAAUCCAUGUUGUUGUGCCAUGUGUUAUAGGAAUGCUGAAACAUUUUGAAGCGCAAAAGUUGUCGAAUGAUGAAACACUCCGAAGUUUAGCCAGCGCUGCUGUCGAAGCACUGCGCUUCAACAUGCACGAUUUAACCGACUUUCAUUGUCUAGGAUAUAUGCUAGAUCCACGGAGGCCGCAAACUUUACAGGCUGAUAUUGAUGCACUCAAGGUGAUUUUCCGAAAAUUUCUGAAUUUUUGACAGUUAAUCAAAUUUUUUACUUAGGUUGAUCUUGAUUUGAAAAGUCGUGCACAAAAUGCUCUCGAAAAACUCGCCAACAUUUUAAACAUUUCGAUGAAUGGCAAUCCACCAUCAAGACCUCGCUAUGAUUCGCCUGACUCGUUUUUGGCCAAAUGUUUGCGACGGGAAUCUCCCAAAAUGUCGUUACAAAUUGAAUACAAUCACUUCUUGACUGUACAAAGUCAUCUGGAAGUCGAAGAAUUUUGGCCAACUAAUGAACAUAAUUUCCCACAAUUAUAUAAUAUAGCUCGAAAAGUGAUGGGAAUAGUAGCCUCCGAAAGCUCAACAGAAAGAAGUUUCAGUUUACUUCGAAAUAUAUAUAGAGAAAAUCGUAGAAAAUUAGAGUGCAAUUUGUUGGAGAAGCUGUUUAUCUGUUACGAACUUUCCAGAACUAAUUAGAGAUUUUAUUGUUCACACUUUUAUAUAUUCACUUCUGUUUUUUCAUGAACUCUAGAAUGUGUUUUAUUUUCAUAUUAUAUUGAAUUCUUGUUUGCUAUAAAUCAUGUUUAAAUUGAAAAAAAUAAGUUAUUUUAUAAAUGAAAAUGUCAUUUCAUAAAAUUGUUCGAAAUAAUGCCGAAAUGCCUGCCGGCAUCCGCGGCUGCCGUUUUUUGCUGUUUUGUUCCUCGGCUAAACGGCCGGAAACAGCAAGGCCACGCCCCCAACGGCAGCCGUGCCGUCCGGUCAGCAGGCGAAACGAACAUACCUGGAAGUGUGGAAUUUUUUUUCAAAUUACAAAUUUUCACUGUUUCAAAAAAUUCAUAUAAUUUUGCUGUAUGUUUUCAAAAUUGGUAUAUCAAAACAAAACAAUAGUUUUGUAAUAAAAUUCAACAAAAAGUAAUAUUUUUACUGAAUUUUCCCACAAAUAUUAAAAAAAUCUCACUGGAGAAUCCCAAUUCCCAAUUUUUGCAGAAAUGGUGAAUCGCAUACACGACAGUCUCAAGAAUCUCGAGUUUGGUCGAAAAAACAAGGCAGAUGGGUGUGUAUUCAUGUUCAUCGAUCAACUCAACCCAAUUCCAGCUCGACAAUUUCAGAAUUUUAA